UCGCAAGGGUUGUUAUGUAAUUUAAGGUUUUACUCUGUUUCUUACGUUAAGGUUAAAAGAAGAUUGGUUGUUUGCAGAAAUUCCUCAGAGAAAACAGAAAGAAGAAGAAGAAGAUAGAAAUACACCACAACACAACUAACUCGCACUGUAACGUUCAUCUCUGCAACACUUGUUCUUCCCCUCUCUCUCUCUGGCUUUCCAUUUUUGCUCUGUUUUGAGUAAAGGGGGGAGAGUAGAAAUGUUAUCAAGGAUAAAUGGAGCUGCUGCUUCUGUAUGGAUGGAAGAUGAAGGAGGAGAUGGAGAAGAAGACUCAAUUUCAUGGACAAGAAAUGUUAACAACAACAACAACAACAACAACAACAACAACUUAGUAGUACUAGGAGGAGGAGGAAAUGGUAAUGGAAUAGUAGAGAAUUGUAACAAAGAGGAUGAAAUGGGUUCAUUAUCAACAUUCAAAUCAAUGUUAGAAGAUGAUGAUACUUGGUAUAUCAACACUGCUAAUCAAAACCCAAACCACCAUCACCAUGAUUUUCAAACUCAUCAUCAAGAAAUGGGGGGUAAUUUCUCUACUUCUUCUCAUCAUCAUUCUCAUAAUCCAAUUGCUUCAGAUAAUCUGUUAAUACACUCAGUUGAUUCAUCUUCAUCAUGUUCACCAUCCUCAGUUUUCAAUAUCGACCCAUCAUCAUUCUUACCACCACAACAACAAAAAUCAAGUUUAUCUUCAUUACUCAACGUUGUUUGCAACAACAACAACAACAACUCAUUUGAUGCUACCACUUUUGAUUUAAGUAGUUGUGAACCAUCUUUUCUGAAUCAUCAUCAGACCACCACAAAUAUAACUAGUUUCAAUAACUUAAUCACCCAGAACACUUCUUCAAUGGUUGAUACUCAAUUUGGUCUUGGUGGUGGUGGGACUAGUUUUGGUUUCAACUCAAUGAGUAGUUUUAAUGGGGGUUUUGAUCAAACUCCUAAUGCGUUGUUUCUGAAUAGUAGUAGGUCCAAGACUUUGAGACCACUUGAGAUAUUUCCUCCAGUUGGUGCACAACCAACAUUGUUUCAAAAGAGAGCUGCCCUUAGACAGAAUUCAGAUAAGGGAGGAGGAGGAGGAUUAAUGAAUCUAGAGAUGUUAAGUUCAGUUGAUAAUAACAAGGGAAAGAUGAGCCAGGACAAUUGGAGGAAGUUUAGUAACGAAGAGGAGGAUUUUGAUGAAGCUAGUAUUGAUGGGUCUGGUUUGAAUUAUGACACUGAUGAAGCUAUGGAAGGUAAUAAUAAUAAGAUUGGUGAGAGUGUGAAGAAUAGUGGGGGGAAUAACUCUAAUGCAAAUAGUACUGUUACCGGUGGUGGUGGUGAUCAGAAAGGCAAGAAAAAGGGACUUCCGGCUAAGAAUUUGAUGGCUGAAAGACGGCGGAGGAAGAAGCUUAAUGAUAGGCUUUACAUGCUAAGGUCUGUUGUUCCUAAGAUUAGCAAGAUGGAUAGGGCUUCAAUUUUGGGGGAUGCAAUUGAAUACUUGAAGGAGCUUCUCCAAAGGAUUAAUGACCUUCAUAAUGAACUAGAGUCGACUCCUCCUGGUACUUCGUUACCACCUUCAUCGAGCUUUCACCCUUUGACGCCUACCCCACCUACUCUGCCAUGUCGCGUCAAGGAAGAACUCUGCCCGAGCUCAUUGCCAAGCCCAAAUAGCCAACAACCUGCCAGGGUCGACGUAAGAGUAAGAGAAGGAAGAGCUGUCAACAUACAUAUGUUUUGCUCUCGGCGACCUGGUCUUUUGCUCUCGACGAUGAGGGCUCUAGAUGGCCUUGGGAUAGACAUCCAGCAGGCUGUCAUCAGCUGUUUUAAUGGGUUUGCACUGGACGUUUUUCGAGCUGAGCAAUGCAAGGAAGGGUUGGAUGUUCCCCCUGAAGAAAUCAAAGCAGUACUCUUAAAUUCAGCAGGCUUCCAUGGUAUGAUAUAGAGCAUUCACAUAACAGUACAAGGAGGAAAUUUGCGCUAUAAAAGAAAAAAAUUUAACUGCAGAAGACGAUUGCAAUGUGUAAAAUGUAUAACCUUCCUCAAGAAAGUUUGCUAAUUAGGUUUAAAUCAUGUUUAAUAACAAAGUACUUGUGUGUUAAUUAGGUUGAAUUCAUGUUUGGUAGUGUUUGUUUUGUAGGGGGGCCAUUCCCAUUUGUAAGUUAAAGAGAGGCAUGAUAACAAAUGUAGCCAAAAACACAUUCUAUCCUUUUCAGCAA